CGUGUCACUGACAGAAAGCUCAGCCUGGAGUUCCUCAGCGCUGAUGGUGAAUAGCCGCUGCUGCGGUAACGGGCGGAGGAGAAGAAGCCGCAUAAGGAGUCAGCAGUGGCAGAGGAGUGAUAGUUCGGAGUUAGUCUCUUAGAAUUAGCAGUAUUACGUGUAUUAUUUAAUCCUUACAAACCCCAGAAGCAAGGGAAGGGAAAAAUAAGGAAAGAUGGCGGCCGCGGCCUCGCCGGGCUCCGGCUCGUCCACCCCUUCUGACUGGAUUGUACUGAGAGACGGUUGCCUGCGUUGCGACGAGGAGGGCCUGCGAAGCCUUUCCUACCACCCGGCCCUCAACACUAUUUUGGCCGUUACUAGCCGCGGCAGUAUCAAAGUAAUUGACGGCACUUCGGGGGCCAUUCUCCAGGCUUCAGCGUUGCACGCUAAACCUGGCGGUCGUGUCAGGUGUCAGUACUUUCCAGCAGUGGACAAGGUGCUUUUUGUGGACGACUAUGCAGUGGGAUGCAGGAAGGACUUGAACGGCAUCCUGCUCCUGGACACAGCUCUCCAGCCUCCAGUGGCCAAGCCCGAGGAUAUGGUUCAGCUGGAGCUGCCGGUCACAGAGGCCCAGCAGAUGCUGUCAGCCUGUCAGGAGAAGAUUGAUGUGUCUAACACAGAGGGCUAUGAACUCUUUAUCACCCAGCUCAAAGAAGGUCUGAAGAAUACCUCACACGAGACGGCAGCCAAUCACAAAGUGGCAAAGUGGGCGACAGUGACCUUCCAUCUUCCCCACCACAUGCUGAAGCUGGUGGCCGGGGCCAUAGUCAAUGAGCUGAAGAAGAUAAACCAGAACGUAGCUGCCUUGUCUGUGGCCUCAUCCAUCAUGGACAGGCUCUCCUACCUCUUGUCAAGCGCCAGGCCUGAGCUUGGGGUGGGCCCCGGGCGCUCUGUAGAUAGAUCUUUGAUGUACAGCGAGGCCAACAGGAGGGAGACGUUUAUGUCGUGGCCACAUGCUGGGUACAGGUGGGCUCAGCCUGAUCCAAUGGCUCAAGCAGGAUUCUACCACCAGCCUGCCUCAACAGGGGACGACAGAGCCAUGUGUUUCACCUGCAGUGUGUGUCUGGUCUGUUGGGAACCUACAGAUGAGCCCUGGUCUGAACAUGAGCGCCAUUCUCCCAAUUGUCCGUUUGUGAAGGGCGAGCACACACAGAACGUGCCGCUGUCAGUGACACUGGCCACCAGCCCCGCCCAAUUUCCCAACAGCCCUGACAGUUCGGACAAGAUCGCCUGCUAUGGCUUCGGCAGCUGCCCGCAGUUUCUGGCUGCUGCCACCAAGAGGGGCAAGAUCUGUAUCUGGGAUGUCUCCAAAAUGAUGAAGGUGCACUUGAAGUUUGACAUCAAUCCGUAUGACCCGGCCAUCCUGAGGCAGCUGAUUCUGUGCGGUGGUGAGCAGAGCCACCAUGAGCUGACUGAGUCUCGGAGACCAACUCUGGCCUGGCUCGAGGAGUCAUCCUCCUGCUCUGACCUGCCCAAGCUAGAGGGAGACAGUGAUGACCAGUUGGAGGACUCAGACAGUGAUGAGCAUUCCCGAUCAGAGUCAGUAACAGGCCAGCAGUCCCAGUGGGAAAGCAUGGACGUGAGCCUAGGGGUGACGUCGCUGAGUGUUCUCCAGCAGCCAGAGAAGCUCCAGUGGGAGGUGGUGGCCAGUGUGCUGGAGGACACGGUCAAGGACCUGGAGGAAUUGGGUGCCAACCCCUCACUAAACCAAGCCAAGGCCCACAGCCAGGCCAAAGCAAAGGAUAAGGUCCCUGACCUUCACAACAUUCCCUUCCCCUGUCUGCUGGCCGGAGGCCUGCUCAGUUACCGCUCAGCAUCAGUCAACCCCAUGGCUGGACCCCCACCCACAACCCCAGCUAAAACACGCAGGACCACAGAUGGUCCUCUAAGGACUCAGGGGCCUGAGCCCUUCCUAAAUCCUGGACCUCUACAGGACCAGGGCCCUAUGGAGAUAGAGACCUGCAACCCCCAGACUGCAGCCCAGGAGCAGGUCUUCUCUAACCUAGUAGGUUCCCAACCACCAAGCCCCUCUUCUCUGCUGGCUGUUCGCAGGACUAUACCCGUGCUGUUGCUGUACAGUAUUAGAGAGGUGGAUGACAAGUCCUCAGGGCAGGUGUUUGCUCAAAUGAACAACCUGAUGAGCAAGGGGCUCCACGAGGAGGGCUUCACUGUGCCACAGAUUAUAGAGAUGGAGUUCGACACGCAUGAGCAGCUUCUUCUUCAGGAUCCUCCCAUCACUUACAUUCAGCAGUUUGCUGAUGCAGCAACUAAUCUGGUAGGGUUAGACGGCCACACGGACAAAUGGAGCACGCUGGCUGCAGCCACUGCUUCCACCCCGCCUCGACCAGGAGCUCUGGUGCAGUGCUUGAGGCUGCCGAAACAGCUGGAAGAGGAGAAUCUUUACGUGGACUCUAUCACUCCCUGCUGGGACGGUGUGCACCUACUGGUCGGCCUGCAGCCGUGUAGCGCUGAAUCUCUGAGCGCUACAAACCAAGUGGAGGCUCUCAACAAUCUCAACCGCCUGCACUCUGCCCUCUGCAGCCAGCGCAAAGGAGACCCCCUACACUCAGUGGCCAAUGGGGUGGAAGGCCACCACUCAGGGGGGUCACCGCCUCAGACACCCCUCAUUCUGCCCCCAGGAGACCACCAACAACAACAACAGCAGCAGCAGCAGCAGCAGCAGAGGUCCCCAAGUGGUGGGAGUGGAGGCUAUCUUGCACUCUACAAACUCAAUUACUCCACUCGUAUUGUCACCUUGGACGAGGAACCAGUCAAGGUGCAGCAGAUCUGGGACCCUUGGGAUGCCAUCACCUCUCUUAUAUUGCUUCCUCCAGAUGUGCUUGAUGGCAGGGAGGAUGACAGUGAAGAGGCUCCUGAGGAGGCGCACCCCUCUGGGUCUAAAAGGGGCUCAUCUGGGUUUGGAAUGGCCCCGGCAGGCUCUGCUGGCUCUGGAAAUGGGACUGCAUGUGGAGCAGCCACAACCAGCAGCAGCAGCAGCUUUACUGUCACCAGUCCGUCCACCUCAGCCUUGGGCCAAAAAGAGUGCAAGCGGUUAGAGGUGACAGGCCUGGGCCACCUGGUGGUCACCACGCGGGCUGGGUACAUUAUGAUACUGGACCUGUCCACGUUGGAGGUCUUGGCCAAGGUGGAGCCGCCUAAGAAGGAAGGGUCAGCAGAAGAGACUGACCCCUUUGUCUCAGUUACCUAUUGCUCUGGGACUGAUCGCCUUUGUGCCUGUACCAAAGGUGGAGAACUUCAUUUCCUUCAAAUUGGAGGUGUGUGUGACGAUAUAGAUGACGGAGACAUGUUUAUUGAUGGCCCCCUUUCUAAAGGGGCUGAACUGUUGCUUGAGGGGGCCAAGCCCUCGUCCAACCCCUCCAGCCCUGGGAUCACAGGAGUGGACCUCCUGGUGGACCAACCGCUGACCACGGAGAGCCUGAUGUCUCUGGUAGAGCUAACACGCUUUGAGACGUUGACCCCCCGCUUCUCGGCCACAGUGCCGCCGUGCUGGGUGGAGGUGCAGCAAGAGCAGCAGCAGCGCCGCCACCCACAGCACCUUCACCAGCAGCACCAUGGAGACGCAGCUCAACACACCCGCACCUGGAAGCUUCAGAGUGAUGGCUCCAGCUGGGACGAGCAUGUGUUUGAGCUGGUGCUGCCCAAGGCCUGCAUGGUGGGCCAUGUGGACUUCAAGUUUCUGCUGAAUGCCAACAUAGUCAACAUUCCUCAGAUCCAGGUCACCUUACUGAAGAACAAAUCACCCGGGCUGGGCAAAGUCAGCGAGACGGCGGUAGACAGACAGAUCUCCUUCCCCCUCUCCAGCGUGCUCCAUGCUAACGGGGAAAGGAACGGCCAGCCUCUGCUGCAUGACUUCACAGAGGACAUCCAGUUCAUGGACAUAGAAGAGACAUCGGGCUCCAUGCUGUGUCCAUUCUUAGAGGACCAUAAGGAGGACAUCCUGUGUGGUCCAGUGUGGCUGGCUAGUGGGCUGGACCUCUCUGGCCAUGCGGGCAUGCUCAGCCUCACCAGCCCCAAACUGGUCAAAGGCAUGGCAGGAGGCAAGUACCGGUCCUUCCUGGUUCACAUCAAAGCCGUGAGUGACAGGGGUAUGGAGGAGAGCCCCCGGCCUGUGGUGAGAAUGCCCAGUGCCAAGCCUCAGGGCACCAAAGCCCACUCACUGUCUACCCUGCUGCAGCGGGCUCAGGCCUCCAAGGAGAAGGUGUCGGCAGUGAAAACAGAGUCUGCAGCACCGUUGAAGAAAGUAGAAAACCUGCGAGGCUGUGACCUGCUGCAGGAAGUGUCAGUCACAAUCAGAAGGUUUAAGAAGACCUCAAUGCCCAAAGAAAGGGUCCAACGCUGUGCUAUGCUGCAGUUCCCAGACUUCCACGAGAAGCUGCUGGACGCGCUGUGUCGGCGGACAGACGUCAGCCCGGCCACUGAGCAUGCUCAAAGCCUCAUCCUGGACAUCUUGUGUUGGCUGGCCGGAGUUUUCUCCAACGGACCCUGCAGUGUAAGAGAAGGAAAGGAGGGUCUGCUGGCAAAAACCCGGACGCGGCUAACGGAUAUUGUGCGAAUGUGUUUCUUCGAGGCUGGCCGCAGCAUAGCGCACAAAUGUGCUCGCUUUCUUGCACUUUGUAUUAGCAAUGGGAAAGGGGAGCCAAGUCAACAGGGUUUUGGCGUGAGUCUUCUGAAGGCUAUGCUCGACAAUAUGCCUUACUUGCCUGCAGCAGCAACAGGUGGCUCGGUGUUCUGGUACUUCGUGUUGCUGAACUACGUGAAGGAAGAGGACCUGGCGGGCUGCAGCACCUCCUGCGCCUCUCUGCUCACAACUAUCUCUCGACAGCUGCAGGACCGCCUCACCCCGCUGGAGGCACUGCUGCAGACCAGGUAUGGCCUGUACAGCUCUCCCUUUGACCCGGUGCUGUUUGACCUGGAGGUCAGUGGUUCCUCCUGUAAGAAUGCCUUCAACAGCAGCAUCGGAGUCCAGUCGGAUGAGAUUGACCUCUCUGACAUCUUGUCAGGGAAUGGAAAAGUGAGCAGCUGUUCAGCAGCAGAAGGCAGCUUCACAGCAUUAACAGGACUCCUGGAGGUAGAGCCUUUGCACUUUACGUGUAUCUCCACUAGUGAUGGCACACGGGUGGAACGAGACGACGCCAGCAUGUUCACUGUGAGUACAUUCGGUGUGACGCCUGCGGUGGGCGGCCUGUCGACAGGAACGGUUGGUGAAGCUUCUACAGCUCUGAGCUCUGCAGCCCAGGUGGCGCUCCAAUCGCUGUCUCACGCCAUGGUAUCUGCGGAGCAGCAGCUGCAGGUCUUGCAGGAGAAACAACAGCAGCUUCUGAAGCUGCAGCAGCAGAAGGCCAAGCUCGAGGCCAAGCUGCAUCAGACCACCUCUGCAGCAGCCACUGCCUCCGGUGUGGGGCCCAUCCACAACUCUGUGCCUUCCAACCCCUCCUCUGCUCCGGGCUUCUUCAUUCACCCUUCAGACGUCAUCCCCCCGACACCUAAAACCACGCCCCUCUUCAUGACCCCGCCUCUCACGCCGCCAAACGAGGCCGUGUCGGCGGCCUUCAGCGCUGAGCUGGCACACCUGUUCCCCGGCUCCAUGAUGGACCCAGGGCCUGUCAACCUGGCCACGCACAAGAACACCCAGAAAGCCAAGCCGGUUAGUUACAUGCAGCUACAUGCUAUGCUAGUUAAUGACAGGGCUGGGAAUCAAACCUCAGCACAUUUUUAACACCAACUGUCAGCGCCAAAAACUGGCACCAAAUGUCUGGCCAGAUUUAUUCUUGUCCUCACUUUCUGAUUUAUAUCGAUAUUAAGACUGUUAUUGUAGCAGUUAUAGGACUGUUUGGAUUAACAGAGUAGCAACAUGUUGGUGGUUUGGCAGUACUCUGGCUACUUAAAGCCCUGUUUGGUCUUUCUGUUUGAUAGAGGAUGAGACAGUCUAAGUGGGACAAGGCUACUUGUAGUCUUAACAGGAAACAGAUCGCUGCUGUAUAUAGUUAUACUCUGUAAUUCAACAGACAUGAUUCCCUGGUUGUAAACAUUUCACGCUGGAGGAUUUGUAAGGAGCCUUA